AGGCACCAUGGAGAAUGGAAAGGGAGGGUCCAGAAAGGGCCGGAGGUUGGCAUCCAGUCGCCGGAGGCAGAUACGAGAACCGGCAGAUGGUCAGGAUGCCCCCGUGGCCCCGGAGCCCGAAUCCUGGCCCUCUCAGGCCGAGGAAGAGCUGCAAUCUUUCUUACGGGACUGCGGUGCCAAAGAGAGGGGCUUUGUCACUCGAGAGGACCUGGCGGAGGUCAAGUUCAGCUUCCUGGGGAGCGAGGAGCCGCAGAUGAUAUUUGACUGGAUAGACAUCGAGAACAGAGGCCGCCUGCCACUGGAUGAAUUCAGCUCUGGACUCAAAAAUGUCUUUGGCUCCAGUCCCAGUACCCACAGGCUCCGUAGAAAGCGGCCAGUGCUCUCUCAACCGGUAUCUGUGACCUUCAACUUGCCUGCCCUCGAGGAGGCCAAUGCCGAGGACAAGGAGGCCUUCCUGGCCCUUGUAGGGCAGAUGGGGACCGACCACUCCCUUUCUGAACAGGCUGAGCUCUGGAAGCUAUGGGCGGAGCUGCGGCAUGAGGAGCCCCAGCUGGCUGACAAUUUGGAGGGCUUUCUGGCCAAGAUGAGCAGCCGCCUGCAGGAGGCUCGGGCUGACCGGGAGGCGCUGGAGUGGACACUGAGGAAGCAAGACUCUGACCAUCUCCAUAAGGUGAGACAGCUCUAUGAAGAGACUGAGGAGCAGAUCAGCAAGGAGAAGCAGCAGCUGCAAGCUCAGAGCGACUCCCAGGGAAUGGCCCUCAGCACCCGCAUGCAGGAGGUUCUGGAGGCCAAGGAGCAAGAGGUUCAGCGGCUGUCAGAGGGCCAGAGAGAGCUGGAGGCCCAGCUUCUCCACCUCAGCAGCAGCCAGCAGGAGGCCAGCCGGGAGAACCUGCAGCUCAGGGAGGCUGAGCACAACCUGGCUGGGCAGCUGGAAGAGAUACGGGGACAGUUACAGGUGGCAAGGGGAUGUCUGAAUACUGCCAGGGGCAGAGUGUCCUGGCAGAUAGCAGAAGAACCAAGAGACCCCAGAGAAAAUCAGAAGGCCUCAGACCCUCUGGCUGUCCCCACUGAGGAGACCCCACUGCCUGAGCUGUUUGAGGACAAUGACGACUGGGACCAGCUCCUGAACAGCUUUGGAGACAUGUCCCACCAAGCCCUGCAGCUUUGCUGGAGCCCACCCCCAAUCCCAAGUGGGAGUAGCACCUCAGGCCCCCCAGGCCCCCAGACUCCUCGAAUUGUUAGGCAGAUCUCCAUUUCCAAUAUAACUGCUUUACAGUUUGCUCAGGAGCCAACCUCAGAUCCAGACCUAGGUUCAAGAAGCCCCACCAGGGUGCCUCCCAUUGCCAAAGAUAGGAAAGGGUUGGAGGAUCCUGAGGGGCAGGAUGGACAGGAUGGACAGGAUGGCAGUUUUAAGCAGGCUGUGGACUCCCCUGACCUGGAAGCUAGACCCAAGUCCCCCUUCCUCUGGAGCCUGCCAGGAGCCCAGGCUGGGGAGUCUGGGAACAUGGAGGCAGCGGCUUUCAGAGUGCUACUUAUGUCUGAGGCUGAGCCUCCUCCUCAGUCCCCACCUGGCUCCAGCAAACAGUCCCAGGCCCCAGAUCUGGGUAGCAAGAGCCCCUGGUCUGGACCUAAUUCAGCCAAGCUGCCUAUGGAAAGAGAGGUCCUGACAAAGGACCUGAAGCUGGGCUUAGGGUCCCAGGGAGCCACGUCUCUUCCCGAGGGGGCUGCAGAGCUCUCCCCAAGCCUGGAGCCUGUGGACCAGGUACCCACAGAGACAUCAGUGGAGGGUGAGACACGUCUAACUAGACAGGAGAGUCAUCCUAGGGGUUUCCAAGAAGCCCAUGGCCAUGACCUUAGGCUUGAUAGCCUGUCUUCCCACCUCCUCCAGAGUCCCAAAGAGCAGCCCAGGCCUGAGGAAGGAAACUCAGGAGGGAGAGGCCAGCAGGACCUGGGGUCAGAACAGGCUGAUGAGGCUCAUGGCCUGGAAGCCAGGAACCCAGAGUUACCCCAACAAGAUGAUCCCCUGCCUGACACACCACAGGCUCCUGGGAAGGCAGAAGUCCCUGUUCCUGGCAAAAUGUGUCCACUUAGAGACUCUCUGCCCAUGGGGCUUGAGGCUGGACUUGCAGUGGGAGCCCCAGGGACCACACAAGCCCUCCUCACCUUGGCUGAACUGGAAGCCCAGCCCAGGCCCAUGUCCCUGCCUGUUCAGGUGGCGAAACCCAGUACCCCUCAGCACACAGAGCCAGGGACAGAGAGCAGGUCGGAGGACCCAGGAACAGACUUGGGGGAGGCUGAAAUGACUUUCCGUGGGGACCUCACUGCUGCCAAGCCUCAGGCUGACCCCGACUACCUCUACCAUGUCAUCUUCUUGGGGGACUCCAAUGUGGGGAAGACCUCAUUCCUACACCUGUUACAUCACGAUGCCUUUGCCACUGGGCUGACAGCCACUGUAGGAGUAGAUUUUCGUGUCAAAACCCUGAUGGUAGACAACAAAACCUUUGCGCUGCAGCUGUGGGACACAGCUGGACAAGAGAGGUACCACAGCCUCACCCGACAGCUGCUUCGAAAGGCGGAGGGGGUGGUGCUCAUGUAUGAUGUCACCUCCCGAGAGAGUUUCACCCACGUGCGCUACUGGCUGGACUGUCUGCAGGAUGCAGGUGCAGACCGGGUGGCCAUGGUCCUUCUGGGAAACAAGAUGGACUGUGAGGAGGAGAGGCAAGUACCCACUGAAGCUGGGAGAAGACUGGCCCAGGAGCUGGGUGUCUCCUUUGGUGAGUGCAGCGCCAUCCUGGGUCACAACAUCCUGGAGCCCCUGAUGAACCUGGCUCGGUCACUUAAGAUGCAGGAGGACCGCCUGAAGGCUUCAAUGGUGGGAGUGACCCAUCAGCAGCCACCCAAGAGAGCUGGCUGCUGCAGCUGAUCACCAGUCCGGUUCCACCAUGGACUGUCCCUUCCUAUGGCUUCCAUUCUGCUUCCUGGACAUGGCCAUGACAGAGAAGCCCUGCAGGAGACAGUGUCACCUCUGCUCCACUGAGCAAACAUGGCCUGAGUGGAAGGCAGGACAAGUCUAGAAACCCCGCCCACGGAAAGUACCCCCAAACCUUUCAUUCAGCCCAUGGCAAGAUGCUGGGGUAUUCUAGUUUCAUUUCUGCUGUGAUAAAUACUGACCAAAAGCAGCUCCGGGGAGGAAAGGGGCUCUUUCAGUGUACACUUCCAGGUCACCGUCUGUCAUUGAAGGAAGUCAGGGCAGGAAACCUGCUUGCUGGCUCACACUGCCUAAUGCUUAGCUGGCUUUUAUAUACAGCCCAGGCUCCUGCCUAGGGAUGACACCACCCACAGUGGACUGAACCCUUCUGAAUCAAUCAUCAAGCAAGACCGUGCUCCACAGACAUGCCCAUCACAGGCCAGCCUGGCAAAGGCCAUCCUUCUUUUAAAUUUCCCUCUUUCCUGGUGACUCUAGAUUGUGUUAUGUUGGUAAUAAAAACUAAUGAGAACACAGGACACACAUAGGGGUGCUAUUUUCCUUUUGAGUAUUUUUGGAUUUUCUUCAGUGCCUGGGGAUGCCUUGUAUA